AAGCAAGCAAUUGCAAUAUAAAUUUAAUCUGAUUCAUACAACGGAAGCUUUGUGAGUACUUCAAUUGUUUAAAGAUUUAAAAUAAACAUUUUUUACUUGCACUUUGUGUUUUUGCAUCCGUUUGGCAAAGCGAAAGGCGUUUGUAUAUAAGCAAAAUCCUCCACAAUGCAGAAUCAUUGCAAGCACAGCAUUCGAAUCGUGAGAACAUUCCUUAGCCAAGCAUCCUUAGCAACACACACUAAACAAUAUGAAGGUCAUCACUGUAGCUCUGAUUGCACUGAUCCUGGCUGUUGCGUCAGCCCAUCCUCAGAUCGAACGUGGCUCAAUAUAUGCGCCCAGUGGACGGUUCGCCAUGACUGAGAACUGGGCAGCUCCACCUGUGGACCUGAGUCUACCCAUUAUAUUCCUGCCAGAGGCAACGCCUAUUAGAGAGCCGCCACAGGAGCCAAAGCUCACGCCGCGUCCCUUGAAGAAGAACAUCAUUAUGAGGCAGUUGCUAAUCCUAACCCUGUUCGUGGCCUUAGCCUCUGCUCAGUUCGGUGGCUUUCGUGGAAAUUUCGGUGGUAACUUUGCUGCAAAUUUGGGAUCAAAUCUGGAACAGCAUGCAAAUAGACUGCAGCAAACGGUCUCAGUCAUUGCCAGCAGAUUGCCUUCACCGCCUGUGAUCACAAAUGUGAAAGAUUUUGGUGAAUUUUUGGCGCAAUCUGGCAAAACGUAUGCCUCGGCAGCUGAUCGUCAGUUGAGAGAGGGCAUCUUUGGUGCACGAAAGAGCUUGGUUGAUGCCACCAAUGCGGCCUUCAAGGGCGGAGCUAAGACCUAUGAGCUGGCUGUGAAUGCAUUUGCUGAUCUAACGAAUGCUGAGUUCCUCAAGCAGUUGACUGGCUUAAGGAAGUCAUCGUCCGGCGAAGAAAGCGCGAAGGCGCAUCGUCUGUCACCCAAGCUGAAUAAGAAUGCCAAGGUGCCUGACUCCUUUGAUUGGCGUGAGAAGGGCGGCGUCACGCCCGUCAAAUUCCAGGGCGACUGUGGUUCCUGUUGGUCGUUUGCCGCAACUGGUGCCAUUGAGGGUCACGUGUUCCGGAAAACGGGUAAACUGCCAAAUCUGUCGGAGCAGAAUCUGGUCGAUUGCGGCCCCAAGAAUCUGGGUCUUGAUGGCUGCGAUGGCGGCUUCCAGGAGUAUGCCUUCAAUUUUGUAAAGCAGCAGGAUGGCAUUGCCGUUGGCGGCAAAUAUCCCUACGUGGAUAGGAAGGAUAAUUGCAAGUACAAGAGUAACUUGUCUGGCGCACAAAUCACCGGAUUCGCAGCUAUUCCACCCAAGGAUGAAAAAGCCAUGAAAACGGUGAUUGCUACUCAGGGUCCAUUGGCUUGCUCGGUGUACGGACUGGAGAGCUUGCUGCUGUACAAGAGUGGUAUUUAUGCGGAUGAGGAAUGUAACAAGGGUGAGGUAAAUCACUCCGUUCUGGUCGUUGGUUACGGUUCCGAAAAUGGACAGGACUAUUGGAUUAUCAAGAAUUCGUGGGACACGAUCUGGGGCGAACAAGGCUACUUCCGCUUGCCACGUGGCAAAAACUUCUGCGGCAUUGCCACCGAGUGCAGUUAUCCCAUUGUUUAAUGACAGAAUAUCUUUAUAGCUAAAUAUUUGUCUAUGUAUUGAAAGAAAAGUUAUACAAUUUCAAACAAAUAAAUUUUAUUGUUCUAA